CUCUCUCUUUCCUUCUAUUCAUAUUCGCACCCAGGCGCACGCAUCCCCUCUCUCUCUCCCUCUGUCUUUCCUAUAAAACCUCAUCCGAGAUUCAUCCGUACGCGACGCCUCGACCACGACCCCGACUCAAAUCCUUCCCCAGUUGUUCAUCUCGUUUCGUCUCGCCUUCGCCUCUCCCCGAACGAUCGAAACUCGAGGGAGAUAUAAAAAGAGAGAGAAGACAAGAGGGCGCCACCCCAAGGGGACCCAAGAAAUUAUUCCUGGACAUAUUCCUCGGGCUCGCGUCACACAGCUCAACAAAGUCCCUAGUUCCGGAUCAUCCUAUGCUCUCCUCCCCCGUAACGCGCUAUCGUAUCCCUUCUCGCAGGCUAUAAGGAUCCGCCAUCGCUGCUCCACGGUCACCCGCCUCUCCAGUCGAGGAAGAAGGAGGAGGAAAGAAGGGAGAGUUGGAAGCGGGGGAAGAAGAAGAAAAUGGAAUACCCAGAGAGAACGAGGAGUUAUGUGGAAGCGUUGGAGGAAGAGAGGCGCAAAAUCCAGGUCUUUGAGCGGGAGCUCCCCCUCUGCUUGGAGCUAGUGAUCCAAGCGAUCGAGAGGUGCAAGCAGCAGCUGUCGGUGCAGGGGCAGUCGUCGGAGUGCAAUUCCGAGCAGACGUCCAUGGACGAUGGUCGUGUCCUGGAGGUAUUCAUCCCUCUGAAGGGUCCGUAUUCUGGGGAUGAUGAUGAAGAUGAUGCUUGUGAGGAGGAGGGCGACGGCGACGGCGACGGCGACGGCGACGUGCACCAUUCCUCACGCGACGAUAAGGGCGGAGAUGAUAAUGCGAUGGAGAAAUCGGACUGGCUCCGAUCCGCGCAGCUGUGGAACCCGAACCCAGAUCCCAUUCCGCAUAGAGAGGUUCAGGAUCCGCCUCCUCCUCCGCCACCAUCGAAAGAAGUCGCCGCGGUAGCGAACCACCUGAAAAGCCAUGAAAGCGGUGCUUUUCGCCCAUUUCGAAUUGGCGAAAAUAAUAGUACCAAGAAGAAGCAGCCGCCCGGCCGAGCUGCAUCACCUGCGCCCGAUGCUGCCGCCUGCUCGACGGCAGAGACGGCCAGCGGCCGGACCAGCAAGCAGGCCGCCCAACGGAAGCAGCGGCGGUGCUGGUCAACGGAGUUGCACCGGGGAUUCUUGCACGCUCUUCAACAGCUUGGGGGUCCGGAUGUUGCGACUCCUAAGCAAAUCAGGGAAGUGAUGAAGGUCGAUGGCCUCACAAAUGAUGAAGUUAAAAGCCAUUUACAGAAAUACCGAUUGCACGCGAGAAGACCGAGCCCCAAUGGCCACAACAACGCCAACGCUCAAGCGCCACAGUUCCUUGUCGUGGGCGGAAUAUGGAUGCAGCCGCCGGGUUUCCCGGCAGUGGCCACCGGGAAACUGCCCCUUGAAGCGGCCUCCAACCGGGUUUAUGCACCGGUCACGAUGCUUCCGCAGCCACUUGGGCCGUCGCACAAGGAAUGCGGAUUUGUCACUUCAGAAGAGCGAGGCAGUCAGAGCGAAGUUGGUGUUGAUCAUUUCAAUAAUUGCUCAUCGACAACGUCGUCGUCCACACAUAUGACAGUCGAUCUUUGAGUCGUACAGGGCGUGAGUCAUGCUGAAAUUUUGUAACGGGAUCAUAUACAAAAUAAAAAAUAAGAGAACAUUUUGAUA